AUGGCUAUUCGAUCCCUGAAGCGGAUAGUCCCGCCCAACGCCCUGGAGGGCCUCUUCCUGGUGACCCUAGUGGCGGGGAUGACCUUGGUCCUGGCAGUUCUACUCAACGUGAUGAUGCCGCAAAUGGUGCGCCAGGGAACCCCCGAUGUGACCUUCUACACGCUGCUGGGAUUCUUCCUCUAUACGAACAUCAUUACCAACAUGGUCAUGUGCAUCCUGGUGGACCCGCGGGCCGAUCCCAAGCGCUUGCUCCUGGAACUGGAGCUGGGAAAGGGCGGCAAGGACUGGCACGAGUGCACCGAGUGCCAGAUGUGGGUGCCGCCGAGGUCCCGCCACUGCCGGAUCUGCGCGGUGUGCGUCCUCAAGCGCGAUCACCACUGCAUCCUCACCGGGUGCUGCGUGGGGCACCACAACUACCGCUACUUCUUCUACUUCGUCCUCUACAUGUUCCUGGCCUCCGCCACCUCGUUCGUGGUGGGCGUGGACUUUGUCUUCGUCCACCGGGCGGGCUACUUCGAGUUCUACCCCAUCUACGUGGCCCUCUUCAUGAUCGUCACCAUCCUGUCGCUGGUCUUCAUGGUCAUGUCCGCCUUCAUCCUCUUCAAGCAGUGGCCAGCCAUCAGGUAUGGAGCCUCUAGCCCGGAGGCGGAUGCCCUCAGCUUCCAGUACAACCUGGGGAUGCUGUCGAACUUGAGGAUGUUCCUGGGCAAGUGGAUGAUCCUCACCUGGAUCUCACCGUUCAUCCCCAGCCCGCUUCCCCACGACGGCAUCCACUGGGAGCUGGCAAGUAGUGAGGACCAGGAACCUAGCUUUGUGGAGUAG